UAGCGGCUUCAUAGCUCUUCAGCGCUUUAGACUACAAGCUGUGACCGUUGGGUGGAAGACUUGCACUCCUGUUAGCAACCCCUGGCUUUAAAUUCUUCAAGGACAGCUUUUUAAUCUUGCCAGCCCAGCUGGCUGUGCGUGCGUGAGUAGCUAUGGACGGCUAAAGGUACUGUUUUAAGAGUUAACAGGAAAGGAGCAAAAAAAAAGGCUUUGGAACCGCCUCCGUUUAUUAUAAGGGACUCAGUUGCUGUUCCAGUGUUUAUCAGCAGCCCAGAUCAGAGUCUGCAGUGGUGAAGCUGGAAAGCAUCAGCUUAUCAGUGCUGGUCGCGUGGCUUCUUUGUGUACAGCAGCUGCUGUUGAAUGCAUGGGCAAAUACUGAGGCUCAGCACUGGGCAGUUAAACACAGACCCAAGGAACACAGGAAAUACAUGUAUCUUUUCUAAACAAGAGAUUUAAACCACUUUGUACACAAUCCCCAGGGUUACAUCUGUGCAUUAUUUACCCUCAAUUGAGUUAACACUUAAGUGGAUGUCAGAAACCCCCACAAUAAUCAAAGUGGUUCAUUAUUGAGGGUUGUUAUAUUUUUUAAAAAAUGGAUGUACGUUUUUAUCCAGCUGCUGCUGGCAACACUAUUCCUGGAGAUCCUUCCAACCUGGACCUUUCCCAAUGCUUGGGCUACUACAACUACAACAAGUUUGCAGGGAACAAUAACUACAUGAAUAUGGCAGAUCCAAGCCAUGCGUUCUUGACCACCAAUGAGACAUUCCACACUCCGAGCCUUGGGGAUGAAGAAUUUGAGAUUCCCCCCAUAACCCCUCCACCAGAAUCAGAGCCCACCUUGGGACUUACAGACAUGGUGUCAGCUUUCCAAGGCCUUAAUGAUCCACUGUCCUCACAAGAGAAUGAAUUCACGCCUCACUUUCCCCCACAGAGCCUGGACCUGCCUUCCAUCACAAUAUCCAGGAGUAUUAUGGACCAAGAUGGUACAAUGCUCAACAAUGGCUUGACUGUGGACCUGGUCCAGGCACAAGUUCCCCAAUACCACCAUGAUCCAAACAUGGGGAUGAGGUCUGUUGUUCACAUGGCUGAUGUUAAUCAAGCAGGAAUAAUGCAACAUAAUCAGCUGACCACCAUUAACCAAUCACAGCUGAGUGCCCAGUUGGGGUUGAAUCUAGGAGGGGGCAAUGUGCCACAGAAUUCACCCUCACCUCCUGCUAGCAAGUCAGCUACCCCAUCCCCUUCCAGCUCUGUAAAUGAUGAUGAUGCUGAGGAAUUCAAUCGGGUUAGUGUAGAGAAACGAGCUGCAGUUGAUUCAGGAAAAAAACCCAAGACACCAAAGAAGAAGAAGAAGAAAGAUCCCAAUGAGCCUCAGAAGCCAGUGUCGGCUUAUGCUCUGUUCUUCAGGGAUACUCAAGCUGCCAUCAAAGGACAAAACCCCAAUGCCACUUUUGGAGAAGUUUCUAAAAUUGUAGCAUCAAUGUGGGACAGUCUAGGAGAGGAACAAAAACAGGUAUAUAAGAGAAAAACAGAAGCUGCCAAAAAGGAGUAUCUAAAAGCUCUUGCUGCCUACCGAGCCAGCCUUGUUUCAAAGGCUGCUGCAGAAUCAGCGGAAGCACAGACCAUGCGUUCUGUGCAGCAGACUUUGGCAUCGACGAGUCUUUCAACCUCGCUCCUUAUGAAUUCAUCACUUUCGCAGCAUGCAUCUGUUUCAGUGUCAACUCAAUCCCUGCAACAGACACUGCCAAGGGCAAUUGCCCCCAAACCAAUGAGAUUGUCCCUGCAAGGCAAUCAGCUGGCAUCUGUUUCUAUCACACCAAACAUGUCAACAAACAUUGCCACCCCCAUGGGUACUUCUAUUGGCACUACUAUGGUCCCCACUUCACCCACACCCCAGUUAAGCCCUCCACUGCAGCCCCAGCAACACCAAAUACAGCAGAUGCAACAGCAUCAGUUGCAACACUUCCAGCAGCAUCACAUGCAACAGCAACUGCACCAGCAAAUACAGCAUCAGCAUCAAAUCCAACAGCACCAAAUGCAGCAGCAGCAAAUGCACCAUCAAAUGCAGCAACAGCAAAUUCAGCAGCACAUGCAGCAACAGUUGCACCAGCAGUUGCAGCAGCAACAGAUCCAGCAGCAGUUACAGCAAAUGCAGUUACAACACAUGCAGAAACAGCAAAUCCAGCAGCUGCAACAGCAGCACCCACCUCAGCAUUCACCACCUCAGCAUUCCCCUGUUGCAUCGCAGUCAGUGGUGGCCCCACAGAUAACUUCUCCUCUUCCCACACGGUCAAGUCCACAGCCAGUCCAGCAACAACAGCAAUCUCCAUUACAAACCCAGGCCCAGACCCAAGUAUUGCCACAGACCUUUUCACCACCUCCGCCUGAAGUCCAGCCUAUCAUCAGCUCUCCCCCACCAACUCCUGUGGGUGCUACCACUCCAAUACGAUGCAUGAGGACUGGCUGCACAAAUCCACCAAUCCAGAGCGUGGAGUGGGAUAAUGAAUACUGUAGCAGCGAGUGUGUAGUUAACCACUGCAGGGAUAUCUUCAUGGCGUGGGUUGCCUCUCGUAAUCAGAGCAAUACUGCUUCGGUGAAGUGAAGAUUUGCCAUCAACAUUUUUGAGCCAAAACUCAGCAUUUAUCAGACGGACUGCCAAGAAGAUGUUCUAAAAGGCAGCCUGACAUGCUUUGUUUCCUUGUAGCUACAUGGGCACAGACUUCAGAAGGCUUUCCAGUGACAGGCUGUACAGACUUUCUUUAGGCCCACCUGCCAUUUCUGCCAGUGCCUGGAGAGCUGGCCAUUUUACAUUGUGUAAUGUAGCUUCAGAUGAUUAUUUUGUUUGACAUGAACUUAAAGGGCAUGGCUUUUAGUAAAUGACAUGCCUCUGCAUGAUUGCUGAAGACUGUGAGAAGACUCAGAUGCAAAAACUUCUUUUGUGACAGUGAUGUCAUUGUGACCAGUCAAGACAUAAAGUACUGAGUGAAGCAUAAUACUUAAAUGGAAUGCUAAUUACUUUUUUUUAACCAUAGCUCUAUCACUUUCUAAUGGCUUAAAGGGGAAAUUAGAUUUUUUUUGUUCAGAAAAUCUUUCCAUUUUACCUAUUGUACACAAUGAUCAACUUUAGGAACAUUGGUUUCUCAAAGAUGUAAUUAUUUUCUAAGUUCUUAAGAAACCAGGUUCAUCAUGUAAUCAAGCAAUUAUGUGAUAUCCAUGCAAAAUCUUUUUCAUUAUUAGUUUCUAUUUCUGCAACCAAAAAGCAUUAUUUUAAUAUGUACUGUAUUGUAGGAAUUGCUUUUUGUAUAGCAAUUUCUUAGCAUAGUCUGUUCCGUUGAACUGUGGCUUCUUUAAAGAAGAGUUCUGUGCAUAAGGCCAAAUGCUUUUAAAAAGCUCCUCUUUAAUGUAGUAGUCAAGUUAGAAAUGGCUAGAGAAAGAAAAGCCCAUAAACCAAAAUCAAUAAUGUUUAAUAUUUUUACUUCUGUAUUUAAAUUUUUUGUAUUAAAAUGUGUUCUUAUUUAAGGUUUAAUUAUUGAGAAACAAUAGCUGAUGUAUUAAUGAUCGACCAUGCAGUGAAACAUGUUUCUUCAUUCAGAAACAAAAGUUUUCUUUCUCUAUUGUAAUUGAUCUUUAAUUUCCUUAUUUUGGCUGUAAUAAAAAGAGACAUGAAAAUACUUCAGAGACUGUGUCGUGAACCACAUGAAAGAUAAAUUUCCCAUUGUGGAAGACAGCACUCUGACAUUUUUUCCACAUAAUUAUCAAUUCGUACAUCAGGGUAUUACAAUGACGGAUGUGUCACAACCCAUGUAGGACAACUAAAUCCACCAGGAUACAGAAGAACUGGGGAAUCUAG